AGUCGGGGUCCGGACGUGACUUACGCCGAGCUGUCGAUCGUGUGUCCGGUCGUCAGUCAGGCCAACGAACGGCUACUAAACACGUGUCGACCGCAGUAUCAGUACAAUAGUCAAACCCAAUACGCGCUGAUCGACGCCGAGGCCACUUUGGCCGCCUGUGCCGCCGCUGUCCGCUGCAGUCCGUCUAUCAGUUCCCAUCACUCCAUACCCGACGGCUGUUCCGAAUCCGAAGUGACUUUAGAGACACCACUCGUUAAUAGCGUUAGACAUAAGUUUUAUACACACGAGGUAUGUAUGCCAUCGCCGCCACACACCUGA